AUGACUGAAGCCAAACAAGAUUUAAUUGAAUUAUCAUCAAAUCCUUUAGAUGUAUGGAUAAAUACACAUUAUGAUGAAUUGUGUGCAGGUAUGACGUGUGAAAAUGCUCUAUUCUGUAAACCUUCAGUCAUGAAAGACAAAAACUUUCAAAUGAGUAUUAAGGAUAAAUGUGAUAGGAAACAUAGAAGAAUAGACGGUAAACAAACAUGGUAUUAUGUUUUGAAAGAAGAAAUGAAAGGAUUAUAUAAACAGGUUGAACCAAACGAUAAUGAGGAAUCAUUUACUGAUGAUGAAAUACCUGUAAAUGAGCCGCUAACGGACUCUUUGAGUCCUGAAGGUCUUUCAGACCGAAGCGGCGAGACCUGA